GCGCGUUGUUUCCAUUCAACCAUGACUUACUAUUCUUCUUACGAUUCUCCUCCUCCUUCGUCUCCGGCAUCCCCCUCCAGUGCCUACAUCGACUCUUCGCCUCCUUCUUCGCCCGCAAGUAACUACUUUGAGCUUGACGGUUUUUCGUGCGCCAAUGACCCGUACGCUGGCUCAGCGAAAGCAACAAAAUCGCCGCGACUUUACGAGAAGAAACGAUCAAGACCCCUAUCACCCUCCCCCUCACCUCCAGAUACAAAGAAGCCUCGUAUCUCAGCACAAGUUGAGGAGAUCGAGAGGGAACAAGUCGCCAGCACGCGUUCAGAGGGCGAAAUUUGGAGUGACGCGGUCGCGCGUGCGAUUGACGAAGGGCACGGGCAUGUGGACCUAGAAAACCGGAGUCUUACCUGCGUUCCAUCACAAGCGAUGCUGGAACUCAACAUGCUAUACGUUCCAUCUGGUGCACAAGAGCUCCAGAUGGAAAAGAGCUAUGGAAGGUCAAAGUCCUUCAACAGAGCAAAGAGUGUUGCUACAGAACACUGGGGAUUUCCACGUGAAAACCUUCAGCUCAUGUUAGGCUGGAAUAGUCUAACAUGUUUACCGCAAGAGCUCUUCAACCUCCGGAAAUUAACAGUACUUUCAUUGAGAUUCAAUAACUUGUCAGUUCUACCCCCAGAGAUAGGGCAGCUGUCUAGUUUGAAGGUCCUUAACUUGUCUAACAACAAGUUGCUCUUUCUCCCAUCUGAGCUAAUGCAGAUGAACCUUGAGCAGCUCCAGAUAUUUCCAAAUCCCUUCCUUCCUCUACCUCGCGAUACCCUAUCACGUGCUCGCUCAUUUGUGCGGUUCAAAUCACGCCUCAGAACGCAAAGCGAAGAUCACAAACCAUAUUCGUCAAUCAUACCCAUAUUCCCCGGUUCCGUAAUACCACUCUUUGAGCUAUCCCUUCGAAGACUGCUAUCCCCUAUUUCGAAUUUGUCAGACCAGAGCCUCCUUGAGGAGAUUUAUGAGCUCCCAUUGAGCGAGGGAAAUGACGCAAAUGGCAGACGGGGAACAAAGAGGGCAUUUCAACAAACCCUUCCACCACUGGUUCGAGAUGUCCUCGAUGUCACAAAUUACGGUUCUGUUUAUGUCGAGUCUACCGAAAGUCCACCGGGUAACUCUCAAAGCUCCUCCUCACUUGCUACAGGGUCUCAGACGUUCGUUGAAUUUGAGGCGUACCUCAAAGAACGAUUACACUCCUUGACGUCUUACGAUGCAGAAUAUCAGCGGGUCACGGGGAAAGGAAUAUGCAGCUCACCCAGACACGGGGGUCACAAAUUUAUGUUUGUCGUUCCAGCAGAGGAAUGCUUCACUUGGGAACACACAGUUGCAGCAGUCCCCAACCUUGGGCAGGUGCCUAUUCGAUGGAGGGGCUGCCAGAAGGGCUGUCUCAAUUUCUUGAGUUCACAAUCUCGAGAAGAACCAGGGCCACUUGUAGUGGCACCAGCAACAAAUGGAGAUGAAGUUGAUUGUGUGGAGGACGACAUUGUACAACAUGUCCAGCUAAGCUCAGGGUUCGCUUUCGAUGGAUUCGGCGACUAA